AUGUUUCCUUAUUGGCAUCAUGCAAGUUCUCAUCCUUGUCCAGUCAUGGUGGAUGACAUGGAACAAGAGAUUGGGAGAAUCAAUUCAGCUAACAUUCCAAAAAAGACACCACCACCUAAAAGUGAGACAUUCUCUGAAAUCCAAUUGGGUAAGUCUUCUAGUGCCAAAAUUGGUAGUUUUGGGUAUUGGAAUUACCAAUUUCACCUGAGAAAUCCUUCUCUAGUCAAGUUCAAUUAUACACUUUCUCAUGGUGCCAGCUUAGGUGUAUAUGGUCGAAGAGACGGCAUUCCAACUCACACACGGUAUGACUUCUUCGAAAUUUUGAAGCCACGAAGCCAUCGAACAAAAAGGUCAGAAAAGGUGAAUUUUAGUGUAGAAUUUGUACAGUUCCUUGAUCGAGGAUUAUGGUAUAUAUCUGUGUAUAAUGAUGGUGAUGAACCUCAUGAUGUCAUCUUCUCUUCUCGUUUUACAGAUGACUCUAGUUUACCUUGUCCUUAUGAUUGUCAUGGGCAUGGUGCUUGUGUGAUGGGCAGAUGUGUAUGUAAUCCAGAUUACGCGGGCGAUUCAUGUACUUAUCUUUUCCCAGGUGUUUGUCCCAUACUCUGCAGUGGCCGAGGUCAGUAUGUAAAUGGAGCAUGCAUGUGCAGUUCAGGAUGGAAAGGCAAGGAAUGUCACCUAAGAGAUGAUGAGUGUGAAACUGCUGAUUGCAAUGGACAUGGGGACUGCUUGGAUGGUUUAUGCAGAUGUUUUCCAGGAUAUAAAGGCUCUCAUUGUGAAGAGGUUGACUGCCUAGACCCAGAGUGCAAUGAUCAUGGCAUUUGUGUGAGUGGCAUGUGUGUGUGUAGAAAAGGCUGGAAAGGUGCAGACUGUAGCGAACCAGAUUCUGAUGCUCUACGAUGCCUUCCGGAUUGUUCUGGUCAUGGUCAUUUUGAUCUAAAGUAUCAAAAAUGCAUGUGUGAUGAAAAGUGGACAGGUGCUGAUUGUUCACAAGAAAAAUGUGACCUUGAUUGUGGUGAGCAAGGACAUUGUGAAGGGGGCCAGUGUGUUUGCCAGGAUGGCUGGACUGGAACAAAAUGCAGUGAAAAAUUGUGCGACCCUAGAUGUUCUGAACAUGGGCAGUGCCGUAAUGGCACUUGUCUGUGCAUUCAGGGUUGGAAUGGAAAACAUUGUACUUUAGAGGGAUGCUCAAAGAAUUGCAAUAAUCAUGGUGAGUGUUCAAUGAAUGAUGAAAGCGAAUGGACUUGUCACUGUCAGCAUGACUGGGAUGGUCCCGAUUGCUCUAUACCUUUAGAAAAGAACUGUAAUGAUGGAAUAGACAAUGACAAAGAUGGACUGGUAGAUUGUGCUGACAGUGAAUGCUGUCAAGAAAAAUCGUGUGAGAACAACCCAUUGUGUUUUGCAGCUGUCGAUCCUCUGGACGUACUUCUGCGAAAGCAGCCUCCGGCCGUGACAGCAUCAUUUUUCCAAAGAAUGCAGUUUAUGAUAGAGGAAGGCUCUGUUCAAAGUUAUGCACACAGAACUGUGUUUAAUGACAGUAUGCUUGGGCUUCUAUUUAAUGCCAGCCGUGCAUCUGUAAUCAGAGGACAAGUUGUAAGCUCUUUAGGCAGUGGCAUUAUGGGAAUUCGAGUUGGUGUCGCCGGCGAUGCUCACCUGGGCUUCACUGUUACAAGAGAAGGAGGAUGGUUUGAUAUCAUGGUGAAUGGUGGUGGUGCUGUAAAACUGCAUUUCCAGAGAGAUCCUUUUCGUCCCAGAGACGUCACAGUAGUCGUCCCUUGGAAUGAAAUUGUUGUCAUCAAUAAAGUGGUGAUGAGCACUGAUGAUGAAAAGCCCCAAGAAUAUAAAACACUGCUUUGUUUAGAUCAUGAUUAUGAUAAUAUGAAGCCAGUUGUUUUGGCUACAUGGAAGCAUGGUUUUCAAGGAGCUUGUCCAGACAGAAGUGCUAUUCUUGCUGAACCUCAGGUCAUCCAAGAAAGUCUGUCUAUCCCAGGCACUGAUUUGCAUCUAGUCUAUCAUAGCAGUAGGGUUAGCGGAUAUUUGUCAACAAUUCAAUUGCAGUUGACUCCUGAUUCGAUACCAACCACUUUGCGUCUGAUUCAUUUGAGGAUAUCCAUUGAGGGCAUUCUGUUUGAGAAGACAUUUGAAGCAGAUCCUGCUAUCAAGUAUACAUAUGCUUGGAAUAGAAGAAAUGUUUACAGACAAAAAGUUUAUGGAAUUGCCUCAGCAACAGUUUCUGUUGGAUAUGAGUACAGUUCAUGCAACCACAUAAUAUGGGAAAUUCAGACAACACAAGUACGAGGCCAUGAUAUGAGUAUAUCUGACAUUGGUGGAUGGAAUUUAGAUAUUCAUCAUAAAUAUAAUUUUCAUGAAGGCAUAUUAGAAAAAGGAGAUGGUAGUACUGUUUACCUGAAAAUGAAACCUAAACUUCUUCUGACAACAAUGGGUAAUGGAAUCCGUAGACCCCUCGAGUGUGAGAAUUGUAAUGGAUCUGCGAGUCAACAGAUGUUGCUAGCUCCAGUCGCUCUUGCAAGUGCUCCUGAUGGUAGCAUUUAUGUAGGAGAUUUCAACUUAAUCAGAAAAAUAACUGCUGAAGGAAUGGUGACAACUGUUGUACAGUUAAGUACUGCACAGGUUGCAUAUAGAUACCAUCUAGCUGUAGGUCCAGUCGAUGGAAGAUUAUACAUAUCUGAUCCAGAAAAACAUCAGAUUUUAAGAAUGAAAGAAGAGGUUACUAACAUCCAAGACAAUCUAGAAGUUGUCGUAGGAAGUGGUGAGAAAUGUCUUCCUGGAGAUAAGUUGACAUGCGGUGAUGGGAGGCUAGCAACCUUAGCUAGACUGGCUUAUCCUAAAGGUAUUGCAAUAUCUGCUGAAAAUGAAAUUUAUGUUGCUGAUGGUACAAAUAUUAGAAUGGUGGAUAAAUUUGGCCUUAUUCAUACAAUUAUUGGAGAUUAUUAUCAUAAAAGCCAUUGGAAACCAGUACCUUGUGGAAGAACUGUUAGUUUAUCUCAGGUAAAUCUAAGGUGGCCAACAUCACUAGCUAUUAAUCCAUUAGAUGGACAUCUUCACAUCCUGGAUGACCACAUGGUGUUGCGUGUCACUCCUGAUCGUCGACUCAAAGUGAUAGCUGGACGACCACUCCAGUGCACCUCUCAGAUGGCGAAAGAUAAAAAUGACAUAUCUUCUGAAAUAUAUUUGGAAUCCCCACAGAGUAUUACAUUUGCUCCAAAUGGUGAUCUUUAUAUUGCUGAGAGUGAUUCCCAAUUAAUAAAUAGAGUGAGAGUCAUUGGCAGUGAUGGUCGCAUCAUACAUUUUGCGGGUGCAGAAUCGGAUUGCAGCUGCAUGGAAGAGAAAUGCUCAUGCUACGAUGAAGAGCACUUCCUCGCAACUAAUUCUAAACUAAACAGCAUAUCUGCAAUAACUGUUACCCCUGAUGGUAAACUUCAUAUUAGUGAUCAAGGGAAUUUAAGGAUUCGUUCAGUUUCUGCUUCUCUUCCUGUUCCAGGUAGAGAUCUCAAAUACAGUAUUUUUGCCCCUGAAGUGCAAGAAGAGUACUUUUUCAACCGUCAUGGACAACAUCAAGCUACAAGGGAUCUAAUAACUGGGAGGAUAAUUUAUUCAUUUAGUUACAAUGUAGCCACAAGUUAUGGGAAAUUAAGUACUGUAACAGAUGCUGCUGGAAACAAGAUUUAUAUUUUGCGUGACUACACCAAUAACGUAAAUACUAUUGAAAAUACACAAGGUGGAAAAUGUCGUCUGGAAAUGUCCAGAAUGGCUAUGUUGCAGAGUUUUACAACACCUUCAAAUUUCAAAACUCAGUUUGAUUACCAUGGUAGCACUGGUCUUCUACGAAGCAAAUACGAUAGUACCGGAAAAUCCUACAUGUACGGUUAUGAUGAAUAUGGGAGACUUGUUGAAGCUAUCACACCCAGUGGUCAGAUAAUUCGACUUUUCUACAAUUUAAGUAUUAAAGGAGCAUCUGUGACUGUAACUAGAGAUGAUCGUAAUCCUGUAGUUUUGCUUAUUAAAGGUUCAGAUGUUACCACUAAAAUUGGUGCAGCAGAAAAAAGAGUGACACAGUUUCCAGAUGGUAGCCUUAUAGUGACAUCUGCAAAUUCAAGCACCAUUGAAGUAGAUACAGUUAUAAGUCCUGUUUUAAGUGAUGUUAAUCCCCUUGUUGCUGAGAUUUAUCCUGCACCAACAAAACUGAAGGCUACUUUGAGUGAAGACAAUGUUCUGGAUUUAGAAUGGAAAUAUGCUGUCAAAAAAUCAGGCAAAGGCCCUGAGCGAGUAAUUAGGCAUGUAGGAAAGAUAUUAAAGGUCAAUGGAGAUGUGCUAUUUUCAGUUGAAUUUGACCGAGUUGAACUCAGUGAAACAGUUUAUGACAAAAAUCAAGUGCCUUUGCUGACUGCACAUUAUGAUAUAUUGGGGCAACCACUACAGUGGAAACCAGCACAUAAUUUCACAGAAGUACGGUUAGAUUAUGAUCGGUAUGGUCGUUUGUCACAUUGGGAAAGAGGCUAUUUGUUUGAAAGAUACACUUUUGACAUGCAAGGACGUCUUGCAGAAAUCAGGCAUGCAGAUAACACAGGAAUUAUGUACAAGUAUGAUGAAGGUGCCAUUAGUAUGCCCAGUGAAGUUAUUGUACCCAGUGGAAGCCGAUACCUUCUUCAGUAUGAUUCAUCUGAGGGGCUUCAAGCUAUUGUGACACCAAAUGGCCACAAGCAUGAAUUGGCAUUUCAGACAUCUUUAGGUUUCUAUAAAUUAUUAUAUCUGAGUCCAGGAGUACGUUAUCCAUUCGUAUUACAUUUUGGUGACAAUGGUCAACUUCUUGCAAAAUUGUAUCCUGAGAAUAAUGGAAGAGUAGUAUACAUUUAUGAUGAAAAUGAAAAUAUACAGACUGUGAUUUGUGGACCAGAAAGAACAGAUUUUGCAUAUAUGGAUCAAAAGAUUUUAGUCCGCUCAUGGACAAAAACAGUUCCUGAACUAGAACUGCGAACAGAUUUCCGCUAUCACGGAGUUCUGGUGCAAGAAGAACGCUUUAGGGUUAGCAGUCGUAGUGCACUCAGCAAUGCGAAAUUCCGUUAUCAGUAUGAAGGCCAUAUUAAUAUUAUUGAAGUAGAGAUUGGAUCUAAAGUGGUUGGAGAAGUUCGAUAUCGGUAUGGCGUGCAGUCUGGUAUGCUUGAACAAGUACAACAGUUCUUAGUGCAUCGGCCAAAAAUAAAUAAUGUUUUCAUUCAAGAUGACCAGCGACAUUUUUCGAAAACCAUCGCCCAUGAUUCGUAUGGUAAAAUUUCACUUUUGGCUAUAAGUUUGUGGAACCGAGAAGUAUUUUCUCUCAAUAUUCGCUAUGAUAACAGAGGACGUGUUAGACAGAUGGGUUCUAAAAUAGGGCAUGAUGUUUCAGUUGAAACAACCAACUGCACUUACACACCAGAUGGUUAUUUAAGUGAAGUAUUAGGGCAUCGGAAUUACAGGUUCCUUUAUGAUGUGAAUGGAAACAUGAAAACUUUCUGGGAAGAUGAUCACCAAGUAACUCUGAAAUAUGAUGAUGGUGAUCGGCUAGUUGGCUAUAAUGAUAUGGAUUUAUACGAAGUUGAUGGAAGGGGAUUUCUUGUCCGAAAAGGACAAGAAAAGUUUACUUUUAAUGCAAAAUCUCAGCUAAUUCAUGCUGUACAACCAGGGUUGUAUGAAGUUUAUUAUUAUUAUGAUGCUCUUGAUAGACCUGCUGCAUGGCGAGAUCAUAAAGGUAACAUUACACAGUUUUUUUACACCAAUCCCCAAAACAUACAUCAGGUUACUCACAUACACUCUGCACAAGAUAAACUGACCCUGUCUCUGAUAUAUGAUACCAGCGAUCAUCUAAUGUACAUAGAAGACACAGCUUCGAAUAAGUAUUUUGUUGCAACUGAUCACCUAGGUUCUCCUUUAAUAGUUUUUACAUCAGAUGGAAAGAUUGUUAAAGAAAUAAAGAGGACACCUUUUGGAAAACUUAUAUUUGACUCCAACCCCUCGUUCAUGAUAUUUGUAGAUUUUGCCAAAGGACUUAGAGAUCCAUACACUGGGUUGCUGUUCUUCAGAAGUCGCGCCUACAAUCCUACAAGUGCCCAGUGGCUAACUCCAAAUUGGGAAGAUGUUCCAAAGUAUAUUUCAAAGCCGUACAUGAUUCAUCUCUAUAGGUUUCGAAAUAAUAAUCCUUUGAAUGAAGAUGAAGACAGUUAUCAUUUAGAUGAUUUGGGCAAGUGGAUAUCAGCAUUUGGCCUUGGGAAGUUCAACCUUCCACUCUCACAAACAUUUAAUGCAAAACCAGAAAUUUCCUUCCCUGUGAAACCAAGUCUGCAGGUAAUAUCUGGUUUGAGCUGUGCUGCUGAUAUAGUGACACGUGAAUUUUUUCGCCUGACUACUGUUGCACGUACUGAAAUUCGGGGGCUGAUUUCAGGAUGCGAGUUGCGUCCCCAGCUUGCCAAUCUACCUUCUGUUCUUGGUGAUGGUCUGCUUUUGUCUAAAAGUAAGGAUCAUGCUAUUGUUCACGUCCUUAGUGAUGCAAGCCCCAUACUGAAGGAUGUGGUGACUACUGUGCUUAACGACACAGGAUACGUGAAUUUGCAUUUCUCUCUGCAUGGACAAGACUCUUUCUUUUUAGUACAACCCGAUCAGCGCAGGGUGCAACAGGAUUGGGAUCAGCUUCAGAGACUAGGUACAAUGUUUAACGUAACCAUGCAUGCCGGGGAAGGCCAUGUGGAUCUCAGGCUUCGGAGUCCAGCAAUAUUGCUCAAUAUUCGAUAUGGAGGCAGUCUAGAGGAAGAAAGAAAACGACUGUUGAGCCAUGCAAGAAGAAAAGCAAUUAAAGAUGCAUGGCAGAGAGAAAUCAAAUUAGUGCAAAAAGGACUGAAAAGUAGCAGGGAAUGGACAGAGGCAGAGAAAGAAGAUUUGCUCACUAAAGGAGUAGUGUCAGAUUAUUAUGGCACGGACAUUCAUGAUGUUGAUAAAUUUCCUCAGCUGGCUGACGAUCCCACAAAUAUUGUGUUCCGGAAAUAAACUGGAACAUUUUCCUCAUCCAAAUUUAUCUGUGAUCUAUGUAUAAAAUUUCAAAUACAGGGAUUAAAGCUAUUAAACAGAUGAAUAUUGACUCUGCCUUACUACAAGUAUAAUUUGUGUUUAAUACUGAACACAAACAAGCUAUUUCCAUAUUGAAUUUUCAACUUGCAAAGGCAAAAGCAGCAAUCCCUGAUACUAAAAUUAUCUUUUUUGUGUGUAAUUGUUUCUCACAAUUUGGCAUGAUUUCAUCAUCCAAUGUGUGCAAUAUUUAUCUUACUGAAUUGGUAAAAUACUCUGGCAUAUGAAUCAUGAAAUCAUGUCAUUAAACAAGGAUAUUUAAAAAAGAAAAGAUGGAAUUUGUGUGCUUUCUCCAAAAUGUCCAAUUUUACUGUUUGUCUCAGUUAAUUUUUGAAACUUUACCUUAUAUACAAAUAUGUGCUUAUAUAUAAGGUAUGUGUAUUUGCCUUUAAAUAUUCGUUAAUGUAACUAACUAUAUUAAAGCAGGGUAUUUAUCAAAAAAAUUCACUAAUUAUAGUGAUCGAAAAUCAAAAUUGAAUAUAAAAUGAUGUAAUUAUUAAGAGCAGCAAAUUUUUGCCAGAAAAUGUUUAUUUUGAAUAUAUUACAGAAAUUUGUACAGCAUAGUCCUUGACUAUCAUUUAGAAGUGUUAAAUGCCUUUCUGAAAGAAUAAUUGUAUUAAACUUUACAUAUGGAUUUUGCUUUUCAUGUGCAGCUUAUACAUAAUUCAGGCAUUUUUAUUGUAACAGUAAUAUGUAAGUUUGAAAUGUGUGACAAAUUCUAAAAAGACGUACAUACAGUCAUUGCAUUAUAAAAUCAAAUUUGAAUUAAAAAGUUUUGCCAAAUAAAAUUUCACAAAAUUUGUAUAAAUUUAACAAAAAUGCAUUACAAAAUUAAUUUUAUAUAGAAUGCAUAUGUUUUAUUUUUGUAUAAGGAGUAGUCAUUUAAUAAUAUUUGGGUAUCCAAAAGCGUAAAUUGUUUUUUAUAAAAUUAAUUCUCCGAGUAAGGUAUAUAUUAUAUAUAUAUAUAUAUAUAUUUUGAAGGAGGCAGUACUAAUCCACAUUUUGCUACACUACAAAUUCUUGUAGUUUUCUCUUUCAUAAGCAUGCUUUGUAAGAUGAUUUUCAUGACAUACUAGAAUAAAUACUGAAGCUUUCUGUAAGAUGAUUUUCAUGACAUCAUCUUACAGAAAACUUCAGUAUUUAUUCUUUUAAUACUAAGCCAGGGUUUCUUAAACUGUGGGUCACGGGGUCCUGCAGCAGGGGGUAGCCAAAAAUUUUAGCAGUUUUGAUAAAAUUCUUUAACUUAUUAUAAUAAUUUUACGUAGGUUGGGGCAAAAGUCAUGGCAACUAUUUUUUUCCCUUGAAGAUACCAGUCCGGUUGGAAAAUGUGACAUAUACAGACGAAAGGACAAGGUCUUAACUUCAUGUGUGGACAAUGAAUAGCACUGAAAUAUCGUAGCACAUGAAUUUAUUACGGUAAUAUACAGGGCAAUAUGGCCUUCACUGUGCAAAAGAAUGAUAACACAAUACACAUACGUAAUAUUGAUAUGACAAACCUGAGCCUAAAGACCCUCAAUGUAGUCCCUUGCUACUGUCACCACACUCUGCCAAUGAUGUGGGAGAUGCUGAAUACCAUCAGCCUCAGCAUUUGCUGCACAAUGGUGAAUCGGGUCAUCUGUUGACGCACAGCAUUGACAAUGCCCUCUCGUGUUGCAAACCGCCUACCACGUAUUGGUUCCUGAAUCUUGGGAAUGAGAUCAAAGUCACAGGGUGAAAGGUCAGGAGAGUACAGUGGGUGCUCCAAUUCUUCCCGUCCCCAACGUCAGAGUAGCUGCCGCGGUAUCGGAGUAUGAUACAUAGUCCUCUGCUUUAUGUGGUCUCUUAUCUUCUCUUACUCUGCUUUAUGUGGUCUCACAUUGUCGUGCAGAAUUGUUGCACAAGGAAGUACCUGUAGUACUGUGCAGUCACUGUUCUGCCAUGAGGAACAAAGUGGCAAACAAUGACACCUUUGAUGUCAUAAUGACGAUCACCAUCAAUUUGACUGGGGAAGGAUUCUGACGGACCUUCUGCUGCCUUGGUGAUCCAAAAUGUCGCGGACUGACGUUUCUGUUCUGGUUCGUAUGCUCUGCCCCAAAAUUCAUCAAUGGUGAUUAUUUGUGACAAGAAUUGAUCGCCGUCCUGUUGCCAGCGUACAAAGUGGUUGGAGCAUAUUGCAUAGCGCACCCACCUUUGAACUCCAUCAGUGCAUGCGGUACCCACCACGAAGCGAUUUUAUGUAGCUGUAGCUCACUUGCCCUCUCUAACUCCAGUAAUAUCCAUCGUCUGUCUUCAUCCAUGAGGUGCUCGAUGACGGCACGUGCCAAGUCGGUCCACACACUCACCGGUCGUCCCAAACAUUGCUCAUCACUGGUUGACACACGUCCUUGCUGGAACUUUCCCACCCACCAUGCUACUGUACGAUAUAUUAGGGCAUUAUUGCCAAGGGUUUCUAAUAAUUUACUACUAAUUUCUACUAAUUCGCAUUUCUCCGUUGGAGAACGGCUAUUUUGAUGUAAGCGCGCUGCUCAACAUGGGUUACUUCCAUCUCGCACUACACUCACCACUACUGAUUUCAGAGCCCUCGUGACCACAGAGCCAUCUGUUGUUCUGCAUACACACUAUGCCUGCAGAACUUCCACACAACACAUAUAUGUUUUGUGAUCUGUUCACAUAUCUACAAGAAAAAAAUAGUUGCCAUGACUUUUAGCCCAGCCCUCAUACAAUUACCAAAUACUUUUACACAAUGUAUCUAAAAAUAGAUAAAGACAAUACAGACAAAGAAAAAAAACAAAAAUUUUCCUUGCUUUGCACGUGACGCUGUCAUUUCGUUUGUUACUUAUUUAAAAUUUUCACAUU